AUGGCAGCACCACGCUCCCACUCAUCCAUCCUCCCCAUCCUCCUCCUCGCUCUCACCCUCACCCCCUUCACCACCGCCCAACUCACCCUCGACACCACCGACCCCCAAACCACCGCCUCUCCCUCCGUCGAAACCGUCUCCUUCAUCGACGCCAGCGGCAUCCCCAUCACCACGGCCUCGGCCCUAGACAACAACGCCUGGUACAUCCCUCUCACAGGCCCAGCUCCCUCCCCAACCGGCGCCUCCUGGGGCGCCCAAGUGCAAUACAACGAUGACCUAGCCGAAAUGCUCCCCAUCGCCUUUGGCACCACCUCCACCAGCAGCAGCACAGCAACAAUCCUUUCCGCCAGCGGCCCAACGACCCAAUCCGGAUCCCUCGAACUCUCCCUCCCCCUCCCAACCUCCAACACCUUCCUCCUCGGCAAAGACACCUCCUUAACCAUCACAACCACCGAAUCCAACUCCACCCUCUCCACCCUCCCCGUGGGCAUAAACCUCGGCUUCGCCAACCACUGGAACGGAUCCCUCGUGCUAGGCGGAAAUUAUGACUCGAACAGAAUCUACAACGAACCGCACUGGCAAACUACCCCCGAAACCUCCUCGGGAAACAGCAGCUUCAUCACAACCGGAAUCCAGGAUAUCUCGGCCGUGACGAUAAACCUCUUCUCCAUCCCCAACACCACCACCCCCACCACAUCGUAUCCAUUCGGCUCUUCAUCCAUCGAAUCAAGCACGUCCGCUAUCCCAGCUAUUCUCAACUUCACGUCCGAAACUAUCUCCGUUCCUGACUCUACCUACUGCGGUAGAAACAUCAGCAUAAUAUUCAACCCCACGGAGGAAGCAUACCCCGAAUUCGACAUUCCUGUUUGGGGGGACUUGAUUCCGGAGGGAAGCAGAUGUGAGGUGAAUAGCAAAGGGAAGUUUGUGCUAGGGAGGCCGUUCUUUCAAGCGGCGUAUCUGUAUGUUUCCGCCGAGGGGGAUGUGUAUUUUAGUUCGGUUACUAGGGAGAAUGUUGGUGUGAGUCCGAGGGGGUUUGAUUUGCAUGUUAGGUUGUCGCAGGUCGUGGAGGGGACGGAUAUGGGUGUUAAUGGCACGGGGACGGGUGGGAAUGGGACGAGUGUGGGGGGGAAGGUGAGUGGGAAGAGUGGGAAGGGGGUGUGA